AUGGAUAUGACCUUAUUAUUCAUUUCCUUUGCUAAUACAUUCUUAUUCAGUUUCGUGAUAAAUUACGAGCUGGAUGUUGAACCAGUUAAGACAAUCCUGGAAGAUACUUAUGUGACAGGAUGGAACAGCUGGACAAAAAAUGGAGAUAAAUAUGUGGGAUGGCGGUAUCAAAGUCUUGCUGGAACAGGUCAAAUUGUUUAUGGUGUAUGCGAGAAAACGAAUUCAUUUCUACGUGAUCAAGGAAUAAAUAACCAAAGUAUUCAUUCUGAUAAAUCACCAAUUUCACAAGCUGAGAAUAUUCCAUCUGAAUUUUGGUUAUUUAGUCCAUUGUAUAAAACGGAUACAAUUCUCAGUGUUCAUUUAGAGAUUACUUAUCAGAUGAAAAGUUGUUUACAACUGGGAUUUACACAUCCGUCGAUUGACUGUAGAGAACAUUUGGAUAUUUUAGUCUAUCAUAGUGAUGUCCAGUCGCCAUCCACGACACCGAAUGAUUAUUCACUGGCUCAUAUGUUAUCAUUUCAACAAGGUGAACCGCAUAAAAAUGAACUUAUCAUUAGCAGUUCAUUAAAACGGGCGACAAUUCAAAUUCGUCCAAAGAUGAAAUGGUUACAAAUUGCAUUUCGGGAUAAUGGAGCAUGUGUUCUAAUUGACCGUUUGAUUGUAUUUCAUUUAUCCUGUCCAGCCACUAAGUUUCGUUUAGUAAAUUUACCAGAAACUGAAGCUGGAUAUAAUAAAGAGAUUAGACAAGUUCAUGUUCAGUGUAUUCCUGGAUCAAUUUAUGUCUAUGAAUAUCCGAUUGAUGACAAACAGAAUAGUAUAAUUCAUCAACAGAAUUAUAAUAAAUUAUCAAAUAUAAAUGAUAAAACUACUGGUUUAGCAUUUUGUAUGGCUGAUGGUAAAUGGCGUUUACAAACAAAUCAUGGGUGUGUAUGUGAUGCAGGCUAUGAAUUAGUGGAACAUACAGAAACUUGUCAAGUUUGUCCCAGAGGAAUGUUCAAGUCAUCUCCAGGCUUACAACCGUGCAGCUUAUGUCCAUUGAAUUCAGUUGCACCACGUGCAGGUUUCCGAAUCUGUCAAUGCCUGUCAGGAUACUUUCGUAUCGCACCUAAUCUGUCCGCUGAACAUAGUUGUUUGGGUCCACCAUCAGCUCCAAGGAAUUUAAAUGCUAUUCACAUUAAUGGGACAUCAGUAAUUCUAUCUUGGGAUCCACCGAUUCGUUCAGGUGGUUUUCAAGAAACGCUAUAUCAUGUUCAAUGUCAAGGAUGUCAGAUGGACACGGUGAAAUAUAUACCUGGAAAUCAUCUAACCGAAAAUAAAGUAACAAUAACCGGUCUCAAUCCACAAACACGAUACCAAUUUGAUGUUUACGCGCAUAAUGCUGUGUCAACAAGAACGGAAAGUAUGUGGACAAAUGUGGCUAGUGUGAUGGUCACAACAGGAUCAGCACUAACAUAUUUAAUUGCUGAUAUUCGAACUAAGUGGUUAAACGAAAGUACAGUUCACAUUAAUUGGGACGUAUAUCAAGUCGCUCCAGCAACAAAGUUACCACCGUCGUCACCUUCAUCACUGACAUCACAGUUACCAUCUUCAAGUGAAGCAUCAGAAUCUUCGAACUCCCAAUCGUCAAACCUUUCCUAUCAUCUUUUAGAUUCCGAUGAACAGAAACCAGAUAGAAUAUCUGUAUUUUCUAAUCAGAUCCGGUUUCAAUUAUGCUUAUUUGAUAAAGCCAAUCAAAAUUUUCAAACUGGGACUCCUUUUUCUAAUACCCUAUACUUCACAACCGCUGACAAUAAUAAUCUGCAAAUAAAUAACACUGACAAUUAUGACCGUGCAGAAACCGAUUUUAACAUCAAAAUAAAUCGUUCUAAUUCUGUUCUACAGAAACAACAAUCAAUGAUUAAUUCAUCCUUAAAAGUAACCACUUACACCCACGGAACUGGACUAAUUGGAAAUCCAGAUGCUGUACACUAUACGAGUCAUUCAGAGAUAAUAUUAUACAACUUAUAUUCUGAGUCAGGAUUUUUCAUACAAAUACGAGCUCAACACCCCAACUCUUAUUGUCCGUACAGUUCACCAAUAUUUUUAUUGUCACCAAAGUAUAACCGGACGAUUAGCUCAACAUUCCAUGAUGAAAGGCAUAAUGAACUUCCAAAAUUAUCUGAUAAAAUUUUAAAUAGCAGUUUCAGUAUUCCACUACAACAUUCAGCAACAGAUACAAUAUUUAAUGCAACUUCAGUUCACAAAUACAUUUCCCCAGUGUAUAUAGAAGCUUUUGAAAAUCAAACGUCAUCUAACAGAAUAUUGAACUGGAAUUCAGAAUCAUCAGCAUCGAAAUCAAAUUCUUCCGUUAUAACAAUUGGUCUUUUAUUAUCAGUUGCACUGACCACAAUUAUUAGCAUAAUUUUACUAGUAACACUCGUUGUUCUGUGUAUUCACCGAAAAGGAAGUCGUCGAAAAUUGAUUCAAAAGAAAUGGUCUCAUAUCAUGGCUAAAAUGAACAAAUACCUCUUAUUUAAUUCAUCCACAAAUGCUGCAAAUAAAAAUGAAAUGCGAUCAUUGAUGUUUAUGGAUAGUGCAGAAGUGAACAUCAUUCCAUGCGAGCAAAUAAAAGUGAUGUAUAAGCUAGGGGAAAACAGGUAUGGUCAAACGUUUUUCGCCAAACUGUAUCUGCAUGUUCAAUCGCCGAAUUCGUCAUCAAUGAAUGACUCUUAUUCAAAACUGCACAAUGUUAUCACUAAAAAUAUCCUGGAAAGCCCUUGUUUCCCAGAGGAUAAUUCUUUUGAAAACAGCGGCGCCAAAAAUGAAAACGACUGGAAUAAAAAAUUUGUAAAUUCAUUUGAAGAAUACGACAAAUUCGACUCAAUCCAUCACCUGAAAAUUGAUGAUCAAUCUAUAGGAAUAUUUCCAGAUGAAAUACACAGAAAUAGAAAUGCUGUGCGACUUCAGAAUGCCGUUAAACAUCCUGAAUUCAAUUGUGUAGAUGUUUUCCUUCAAGAUUUGUGCUAUUGUCAAAUAACCAAAGAAAAACAAACACAGUUUGCUUACCCUGUCGGAGGAAAUAAAAGACAACAGCAACUUGGAAGAUCCCAGUCAAACCUUAAAGAAUUAUUGAUGAAUCGAAGAAUGCUAGAAUUAAUUCAGAAGUGUACUAAGUUCAACCAUCCAAAUAUUGUUAAAUUUUAUGGACUAACUAUGUUGAAAUUGACGGAUAAAAUUUCUACGUGCUCUUUUGUAAAUGAAUUCUGUACAUAUGGAUCACUAGAUUUAUAUCUCAAAAUGAUUUUAGAAGAUGAUCAAGUUCAAACAUCAGAUUUAAAAUUGAAAUCUUUCAAUUUAUGUACAGCAAUAAAAAUGCUUUUUGAUAUAUUAUCUGGAUUGGAAUAUCUUUCAACUGAGUCUUUCACAGUUGAGAAUUUUACAGGUUCUUCUGUCUUGUUGGAUAGUUGUUAUAACUGUAAAAUCAGGAUUAGGUUAACUUCAGUAUUAGAUGCCAAUGAAGUGAUCAAAUGUCAAAAGAAAUAUCAAACCAAUAAAGCUUUCUUUCAACCACUCUUACUAAACAAUGAAUUCGCGCGCGAAGACUUUCGCAGACAAGAUGAACAACAGCAACUCGAAAGGACUAUUAUGAACACAGAGUUGAGUGGGAAUCUUCCAUAUAAUUCACAGACAUCAAUCACUACCAGUAAUGGUAGUGUAUAUGGCAUUUAUAAAAUCAUUAUAGACCAUACAAAAGCUCAUAAAGAAGGGCUAAAUAAACUGUGUUGUCAGUCUAUAAGAUCUGAAAUACCAGUAGAUUGUAAGAAUACAGUUGAUUAUUGUACCACUUCAAAUUCAUAUGCAGCAAGCAGUUAUUUAAACAACAUUUAUUCAUUCGGACAGUUAUUAGUUGAAAUAAUUGUGGCUCAUUUGAUUCUUGAGAAUAAACUCAAAUUUAUGCAUUUCUUAAAAUUUGAACUUCCGUAUAAUCAAAGUCAUCAUUUCUGCCAGUCUCAAAUUCAGUGUUAUCACAAUGUUUGUACAUAUGGUUUACAAGUUGAUCCGAGAUGUAAUUUAAGCUCAGUAACACCAAGACAUUUGUCCUAUUGUUUAACAUUGCGCCCUUCUCCACCUGCCACUCUCACACUCCAUCACUGUCAGGAUAAAGACCAACAAAAUCGAUUCUUACAAAUUGAUGAUCAAGGAAAACAGAUUCAUUCAUCUAAAUUAACUUCAUCGACUGAGAAAUAUCUAACAUUUCCAAGCAUGAAAACAUUUGCAAAAGAGCUUCACGGUAAAAUAAAUAAUAAUAAAAAUACUAAUAAUGCCGAUCAGUUAACAGACUUCAAUAGUCCAUGUCAUAACCAUUCCAGUGAAACUGAGAAGAAUACCAACAAUGAAGAAGACAUUGAAAUACUUGGACUACUUCGUCAAUUGAUACAUGAACCUUUUAUUUCAGAAGAAGUGUACCUUGAUUAUUUAUGCAAAUUUCUUCGGACUUUGACACCUCAAACAAAUCUAGACAAAGUUUUAUUGACUUGCAGACAUCCACGUAUCCAGUUGAGACCAACUUUCACAGAAAUAAGAAAGCGACUGAAUUAUGCAAUGCAAACUGUGACGACUCAGUCAGUAGUGUGUAAAUCAAGCAAAACUGUUGUUGACAACCACAGUCAUAUUCAUAAUCAGUUGACUAGCUCUAUUGAACAGCAGAAUGUUAUAACAACUAGUCAGACUGAACGAAUGACUGACAGACUAUCAGAAAGAAUAUAAUACUGAAAUCUUAUGAACCAAAUAAGAGGACGUGAAACAUUUGAGAGAUCCUCGCAGAAAUGGGUUUCCUUUGUAUAUGGACUAUACUAUUUAUCCUCCUAAAGUAAAACAUAAACAGAAAUGGAGCAAAAUAAAUAAAAAUCUCAUUAGAUAUUUUGUACAAAUGAUGUCUCUAUUCCUUUUGGUAGAAGUUGAAACUGUCUACCUAAAACCGCAUCCAGGAUUAUUUUUUGUACUAUGUAUUUUCUAUGCGCUGAAUCGCUCUUUCAAAUAUAUAUAU